AUGAUGAACAAUGGAGCGAAAGCAGGAUCUAAUCCAAGUGUAAUUGUGAUGGAAAAUUAUGGCGAAAACAUUCAAUAAAGUAAAAGUGACCCCUAUUACAAAGAACCAAAUAGACGCCAUAGGCUUGAUGACUUAUAGAGAAGAAUAGCUGUAUCAGAUUUUGAAUAAAAUGAUCCAGAUAUCAGAUCACCAAGUCCUGAGCCUGUUUAUGAUCCAAAGACUGGUUUAAGAAUGAAUACUAGAGAUUAAAGACUAAAAGAAAAAUAUUUAAAGGAGAGAAAUAGAUUGAUCUAUGAAGUACUCUAAUUAGAUUCAACUUAUACUGUAUGUAUUUAUAGAUUUUUAUAAUGGAUGCAGGCCCCACCUGAUUACAAACCUCCUAAAAAGUUCAAGAAAAUACCCAUUCCUGAUCCAGAUAAUCCAACUUUAAAUUAUAUUGGAUAGAUAAUCGGACCAGGAGGAACCACUUAGUAGAAGCUUGAAAGAGAAAGCAAGUGCAAAAUAUAAAUCAGGGGUAAAGGUUCACAGAAUAAGAACAAGAUUUACAAUAAGGAUGAGGCAGAAGAAAAUGAGCCAUUAUACGUAUUAGUUACAGCAAAUACAGAUGAUCACCUAGCUAAAGGUGUUGCAAUGAUAGAAGCUAUAAUCUAGUAAACAGAUGAAAACAAGAAAUAUUAAUUAAUAGUGUAUGAUCAUCUCAAUGUUGGUUCAAAAAAGGCAUGGUGCGAGUGCUGUGGUGAACAAGGCCAUAAAUUUUACGAGUGUCCUGAAAGAUUAUUAGGCAACACUUCAACUAUCUAUUGUUCUAUUUGUGGAAGCAAUAAUCAUCCUUCAGCAGAUUGUCCUGAGAAAAAGAAGAAAAAAGGUAUAGAAGAAGAGAUAACUCCAGAAGAAGAAUUACAUAAUUUCCUCUAAGACUUAAAGAAAGAAAAGGAUUAAAGAGAGAAGUAUAAGAUGAUAACUGGAAAGGAGGCGCCAAGAUCACUUAAUUUUGCCUAAUUUCAGGCAGAGUAAGAACUAAAAACUAUUUAAAAUCCUUUCUUUGCUCCAGGUUCAUCUGAGUAAAAUCAGAAAUUAGAAAAAGAAUAACAACUAGCACUUGCCAUUAUCCAUGGGGAUUCAAAUGGAUAAGUAGCUUAAUAUAGAGGAAAUGGUUAAGAUACUGAGAAUCCUUUAGCUACGGUUUUCAAAAAUUACUCUGAUACUUAUUCCACAAUGCUGGCUAAUUCAGUCACUUAAACGUAAAACCAAAUGGCGAUGAAAUAAGCUUAGUAGUAGUUAUUUCAAUAACAAUAGUUAUAGAGUUCCAAUGAUGGUAGUAGCACAUUUGCAUAACAAACAGUUCAAAACAAUGAUGAAACUGUUGAUGCAUAGAUGUAAGAAACUCAGCCUGAUAGGAACAAUGAAAAGAAAAAUGAUAUGACUCAGGAACUCUUUCUAUAGUAGUAACAAAUGUUCUAGUAAACUCAGUAAUCAUAAAUUGGUGCUUAAAGUUCUUAUAAAUCUUACAAAUAGGAAUAAUAAAUUGCGCCUCAUUAAAACAUUGCGGGUGGAAAUCUUCUUCCUCCAGUUGCAGGUCAGCCUCCCUAUGCACAAGCUUUUAGACCUCCUAUUGGAUAGCCACCUUAUCCACCUUAAGCAUCAGGUUAAGCUUAUCCUGGUUAUAACCCAUAUUAUUAGUAGUAUCAAAAUUGGUAUGGCUAUGGCUAAAAUAGCCAAUAUUACAACUAUUAUGGAGGCUAUCAAUAUCCAUCGAACUACUAUUAUCCGCAAGGUUACUAACAGUAAUAUCCUUACCCAUAAGGUUAUUAGCAAUAGCCUGGACCAAAUGAAGUUAUAGUAAAUGGUGCAGGAAUUCAAUCCAUUCCAUAAGUUAAUGAUUAAUAAAAAGAACAGAAUUAAGUUACUGGUGAUAAUCCUAUGUCAGGUUAGGAAUUAUUACCUUAAGCUGAAGUUAAAAACCCAAUUAAAACUGAAAUUUGA